AUGGCGGCGGUGGCGGCAGUGUGGCGGAGGGCAGUGGAGAUCGUGAAGACCAAGGAGUUCUGGGAUUACGUGACCAGCACGCACUUCUGGGGUCCAGUGGCCAACUGGGGCCUCCCGCUGGCCGCCUUCAAAGACAUGAGGGAGCCGCCGGACAUCAUCAGCGGCCGCAUGACGACGGCGCUCAUCUUCUGCUCGAUGGUCUUCAUGCGCUUCACCUACCUAGUAAAGCCUCGCAACUUGCUGCUGAUGGCGUGUCACGGCACCAACGUGGUGGCGCAGAGUAUAAAGGGGAGCCCUAUCUGA